AGUGGGAGGAAGAGAGGAGGCGGCAGGAACGCCUCGGGAGUGAGGAGAGAAGAGCGCGGGGUUCACCCGGAGAAGCCAGACCAGGGGUAAGACCAGGCAGUGGCGGCCCUACGGGGGGUCUCGGGGGCUCCUGAGCCCCCUACCCCAGCCCCCUCCAAACCAACCCGGUGAACAGACUCCCUGCCAGGCCAGCGCAGCCGCUGGACACGGUCCUCGGCGCCGCUCCAACCAGACUGCGACCGCUAAGCCCCUCCUUUCCAGAAACUCUGGGGCCGCCCCUGGAUGUGGCGGGGCGGAGGGACUGAAGCAGCGACGCGCGGCGGCGAUGGAGCCGAGCGGCCCGGGCGCUGAUGCCGGCAUGGAGGGCGCGGCGGGUGACCCGUACCAGCGACCCGCGCGGCGCACGCAGUGGCUGCUGAGCGCCCUGGCGCACCACUACGGACUGGACCGCGGCGUGGAGAACGAGAUCGUGGUGCUGGCCACAGGCCUGGACCAGUACCUGCAGGAGGUCUUCCACCAUCUGGACUGCCGCGGCGCCGGCCGCCUGCCCCGCGCCGACUUCCGCGCGCUCUGCGCCGUGCUGGGGCUGCGCGCCGAGGGGGCCGCCGCCGCCGGGGAGGCCACCAGGGAUGCGGCUGCCGGAGACACGAGCUCCGGGAAUGUGACCGCCGGGGAUGCGGCCGCUGGGCUGGAUACCGACCGGGACGCAGAUGACGAGGAGGAGGCGCGCCUGGCUCUGAGCGCUGAGCCGCCCGAGCUCACCUUCCGCCAGUUCCACGCGCGCCUCUGCGGCUACUUCGGCACCCGCGCGGGGCCCCGGCUGCCCCGCGGAGCUCUCAGCGAGCACAUCGAGACGCAGAUCCGCCUGCGCCGGCCGCGCCGCCGCCGCCGGCCGCCCCGCACGCCCGGCCCCGACGGCGGCCCCGACGGAGGCCCCGACAGCGAGCGCUUGGCGCGGUUGGAGGAGGAGAACAGCAGCCUCCGGGAGCUGGUGGAGGACCUGCGCGCCGCGCUGCAGAGCAGUGACGCGCGCUGCCUGGCCCUGCAGGUCGGCCUCUGGAAGAGCCAGGCGGGCGCUCCGGAGGCGGCGGCGCGGGAGCUGCGGCUGCGGGGCGCCCUGGCGGCGGCCGAGGCCCGCGCGGGGCGGCUGCGCCAGGGCCAGGCCGAGGUGCGGCGGCGCGCAGAGCAGGCCCGGCAGGCGCUGCAGCGCAGCGUGCGCCGCGUGCGCGAGCUGGAGGCCCUGGCGCGCCGGGUGCCCGGCCUGCAGCGCUGGGUGCGGCGGCUGGAGGGCGAGCUGCGGCGCUACAGGUCAGAGGGCACCCAGCUCCCAGCCUCACCACGAGCCAGCCCAGAGCCAGAAGCCAAGAGCAGUGAACCUGAGGACUGUGGGACCAGAGGCUCAGACGCCCCUCCAGAGGGAGCCUGGCAGUCAGAAGGCAGCUCCGAGAGCAGAGCCCUGGACGAAGCAGUGGGUGAGCAGCUCUUCCGCUCGGUGGAAGGCCAGGCCGCCUCUGACGAGGAAGAGGAGGACAAGGAGAAGUGGCAGGAGGAACAGAGGCCACCAGCCGAGGUCAAGAUGCUGCUGGCUCACCUCCACAGCUGCGGGAGUGGGUGUGAUGCCCAGAUGGCCAAGGAACUCACGACCUCCUUCAGCCUCUUUGGCAGUACCACCCACGCGCACGCCCUGGGGGAGCUGAAGGCCCACAUCGCCAUGCUGGUGGAGCAGCUAGGGACCCAGGGCUGCAGCCAGAAGACCCUGGGCUCAUCUGGGCAGGAGGCAGAGCUGCAGCAGAAGGUGGAAGAGAAUGAGCACUUGAGGCUGGAGCUGCAGAUGGUGGAGACGGAGCGAGUGAGGCUGUCCUUGCUGGAGGAGAAGCUGGUGGAUGUGCUGCAGCUCCUGCAGAGGCUCCGGGACCUGAACAUAUCGAAGAGAGCGCUGGGGAAGAUGUUGCUGAACACACUGGACGCUUGCAGGGACCCCGCAUGUGAGGGGAUAUGUGGCCCCUCGGCCUUGCUGGACGCCCUGCACCAAGCUUUGGCUGGCUGUGAGCUCUUGCGUAGAGAGCCCUUGGCACCAGCUUCUGCAGCUCCUGUGCUCACCAGCUCCCUCCUCAUCUCCUGCUGAGCUCGCUGGCCCAGCCUGUGGGAACCCUGGUCAGCCUGGCCACCAUCAGACCAGCCUCCAGGAUCAGCCUGGCCA